AGUUUUAAAUAUAAUAUAAAAAAAUUAAGAAAAAGCAUUAAUAUUUACAAUUCCUUGUAUAAUAUUUUUCAUUAUAAUAUCAAAAAAACUUUAAAAUUAUAUAUAAUUGAAAUAAUUAAACCUUAAUUCAGUAGAAAAAUGCAAUUUAGAUAAACUAAAAAUAAAAAUAUAUUACCUACAAAACCUUUUAGACAUUUCAUACUCUUAUUCUCCUUAUUUGUUUAGUGAUAAUUAUUUUAAAGGUCUUUUACAUUAGCAUAUUUAAUAAUGUACUUUUACAGAUGAAAAAGUAUGUUUUUGUAGACAAAAAUUAAUAUUUGAUUCAAAAAAAUUAAAGUAAAUAUCAACAGAUAAAGCAUUUAACUCUACAAAUAAUUCAACGUUUGCAAAAUUUUUAAUAAAGUAAUGGCUUGAAACUUACAUUUAAAAAAAUCCAAAAGAGUACUCUGUACUUAUAGAUUAUGGGGAAUUCCUAUUUUUUAAAUUUUAAAAUUAAAUUCUUUCGUUAAAAUAAAUUAUACUUCUUAAAAAUAAAUAUCUUUCUCUUUCUGAUAGAUAUCGUCUUUUUAGAUUGCAAAAAAUAAUCUUGAAACAAAAUAAAAAAUAAAACUAUUUAUCUUACAAAGGCAAACUAGAGAUAGAAUCAGUAAUAACAGUUGAAUAAAAUAUAGAUUUAAUAAAGGAAAAAAUAAAUCAAAUAAUUAAUCAUAACAUUUCCUUUUGGUAAUUAUUAGAAAGAUCUUCUAUAAAUUUGCAAGAAAUAAAUGAAAAAGCAAGCCUCGUAUUAACUAAAAACUUCAAAACCAUCUAAAAAUUAUGGAAAGAUGUAAGCCCUUAUUUAGAAUUACGAAAGAAAUGGAAAUUUUAUUAUGCCUGGUAUAUCUUAUAUAUCCUCAACAAGAAAAUAAAAGUUUAACUCCUUGAAAAAUUUCAAGGCCUUCAAACAAAUGAAUUUGAUAUUUUUAGUGAAGAAAUAAUUUAAGAAAACGACGAAGAAGAUAUUUUAUCAGUCACAAAAUUAAAAACUAAUGAAAAUUUAGAAAAAAUAAACAUUAAAAAAUUAGGAGUAGCGUUCGAUAAUAAAUCAUGUAUUUUUCGUUCCACAUCUGAUCCUUAAGCAAUAAUAAAAUCGGUAAAUAAACCUGUAAUAACUACAUUCGGAUAUGAAAAAGAGGAAAUCGUAAACCAAAUGUUUUUGUCAAAUUUAAUGCCUCGUUCAUAUGCAAUAUCUCAUCCUUAAUAUUUACGAAAAUAUAACGAAACUGGAAAAAAAAAAGCUCUAUAUUCUUAAAAAAAAGUAUUUUGUUUAACAAAAUAAGGUUAUUUGUUUGAAGGUUAUAAAUUUGUUAAGUAACUUAUUUCCUAUUAAGGAAAUGCUGAAUAUUUAGCUUUAAUCCGUCCUAUAUAAUAUAAUGCUCAUAAAAAUGUUAAUUUUAUAAUUUUUAAUGAAGAUUGGGAAAUCGAUGCUAUGUCUAAAAAGCUUUUUGAAGUUUUUAAUAUUAAUCCAGAUAAAUAUAUGAAAUCUGUAAAUGGUGUUAAUUAUAAAAAAAUAAGCGAAGGUCUUUCUUUAAGUCUUUUUUUGAUUAUUCCUAGGUUACUUAAAUUUUCGAAAUUCCACAAGUUUGUUACGGAAGAAGACAUGAAUCUUUUUGGUUAUUUUUCUUCAAAAAAAGACAUUCUUUAGAAUAUAUUUUAAAACAAUACAGAAAAUAAUAAAAAACUCAUAAAUAUGCCUAAAAAAUAAUUAUCUAUAGAAGUCACAGAAUAAUUAAAUUAUAUAAACGAAAAUCAGGCUAUAAAAAAAAUAAAGAAAAUAGCUUAAAAACACUAAAAAAAUUCUUCAAAUUUAAUGUCUUCCCCUAUAUCUUCUUCAUAAAAUAUAAAUUAAGAUCAAUCUUUAAAAACUGAACCACUUGAAUUUAUAACAUAAAUAGAUUCUUAAAAUAAUAAUUAACAUUUAGACGAAAGUUAUAAAUUGGUAAAUACAAUGUCUAGUAAUAUAAUUUCACCAUUAAACAAAAAAAAAGGAAAUUAAUAAAAAAGCUAUUUAUAUGAAAAUUCUGUUUCUUCAAUAUGUGAAAACUCAGUUAUGGAAAUAUAAGAAUAAUUAUAAUAUUAAGUAGAUAAUUCUAAUCAUGAUAUUAAAAAAAAGUAAAUAGUCAUAAAAUUUUAAGAAAAGAAUAAAAGCCUAGCAGAAUUACUAGAGGAAGAUGAAUAAUCAAAGGAAAAAUAAUCUUAACGAGAAGAAUAUUAGGAUGAAAAUUAUGAAGAAAAUUAUGAAGAAAAUUAAGAUGAAAUAGAAUAUAAUAGUAAAAAUAAAGAUGAAAGACUUGAGUAAGGAGAACAAUUAAAAUUUAUAGCUAAAAUUCCUGUACAAAUUGACUAAUUAAUGAAAAACUAUUAUUAUAUGUGUAUAAAUAGGUUACAUUAAAAUGAAGAAAAUUAAAAAAAAAUAAAGGAAAAAUAAUAAUUUGAAAAAAUAUAUGAAAAUAAUAUAAUAAUAAUAAUAAUAAUAAUAAUAAUAAUAAUUAAUAAUAAUAAUAAUAAUUUUUAUGAUUAAAAUAUUUCUAAACGCGAUAAUAUUCUUUAUUAAGUUAUUAAGGAUGUUUAUUCUUUAUAUGUACGAAGAAAAAAUUUCAAACAAAUCAAAUUUAUUUGUAGUGCAAAAUUCAAAAAAGUUGGUAAUGAACGUACUGGGAUUCUCAAAAUUGUAAGUCUGGAGGAAAUCAAUAUUACAAAAUCAUAUAUAGAAUAAUAAAAAAUAUAAAAAUAAAUUUUAGAAUGUAAUAAUAAAUUAAUUGAUAAUUCAUAAAUUAAAAAUUCUUUUAUUAAUUCACAAAAAACUGGAAAAUAAAUUUAAAAAAAUAUAUAAUAUGAUUCAAUUAAUAUUAGCUAGUUAGGAUAUUAAUCUUAAUAUAAUUUAACUUAAUAGUAAUAAUUUGGUAAUCUGAAUCCCAAUAAUUUAUAAAAAGAUUUUAAUAAUAAAUAAGGAUAAGUUACUUAUUCACUUAAUUGGAGUGAUAAUAUUUUUAUUAAAGAAGAUAAUUUUAAACCUAAAAAAAAUCCUUCAUCUAUUACGAGUAUUAAAGUUUUUAUUAGAUUGUUCUCUUUUUGCUAUUCUAAUUAUUAACUUAGUAACUUUUCUUGUUUUUUCAAAUUAAUAAUUUUCAUAAAUUAAUGA